UCGUAAUCCCGAUCGGUGCCAGUGUGUGAUGAGUCAAAAGUGUGUGCGAAACCCCAGAUUUGAGGUAGUGGCUCCCUCGACCUGCCGGGUAUACCGAUAGCAUCCGGCAUCCCGGUCGAAGAUAGGGUGACAAGUCAGGCAGGAGAUGAUAAGCGAUAAAUAAGAGCCGAGAACUCACUGUUGCUCUGCUCCAGCGGGCGGCUAACGUGGUGUCUUCGACAGCGACGGCGAGUUCGACGACUGUCGUGAUAGGUGGCCAGGUUGUGGACGCGACCACCGCCCGAGUCGCGAUUCGGUAGAAAUAGGUUGCGAUUAGAUAAAAGAAGGGAUAGGGAACGAGGGUGCGGUAUUUCAUUGUUUUAUCGGUUGCUCACUGCGCGGGUGUGGGGUGUCCCAAUAAAACUCACUUUCGAUUGGCCGGCCCGGUUCAGUUGGAUUCCGGGCGGACCACCGCUAAGAGCAGAGGAGUUACUACAAGUGACGGACACCGCGCGACGGCCUGUUGAAAGAUGGUACUUGAAACGCACACGACGACAAGUGACGAGCAGACGACCAGCACCGUCACCCCGUCACCCGUGGUCAUGGAUCACAAGCAGAAUGGAACCGUGGAACCGGCAUCACAUGCGACUAACGGAGAAGAAGAACCGCAAACAGUGACACGUGAAUCAGGACUUGCGGCGAGCACCCCCCCGGAGCAAGCUCAGGUGCCGAGCCCUGCCCAAGAAAGUCCCACCGUCCAGAAUGGUACCACUCCCGAGCUACCCAAGUUCCUGUACACCGCCAUGGCGCAGGUGGCCCAGGAGCAAGGUUUCGGCGAGGGCAAGUAUGCGCUCGAGUUCGACGUCGGUUCCAACAAGGGCGACGGGUUCGUAGGCCAAAUGUUCAAGGCGAUCCUCACCGAGGGCGACCGGCGGGAGGUGUUUCUGUGCAAGAUUCCACCCCUGAACGAGGCCCGCCGCCAGCAGUUCCCGGUGCUGUUGAUCUUCGCUCGCGAAACCCUCGCCUACAACAAGCUGCACCCGCUAAUGUUCGCGUACCAGCGGGAGAAGGGUGUCCGCGAGGAGGACGGGUUCUUCAACACACCGAAGGCGUACCACACCUACUGCAACACCGAAACCGAGGAAUCGGUCAUCGUGAUGGAGGAUCUGCGGCUCCAGGACUACCGGAUGUGGGACAAGAUGAAGCCGGUCAACUACGAGCACGCGCGGCUGAUGAUGGAGCAGCUCGGGCGGCUUCACGCCGUCUCGCUGGCGAUGAAACGCGACCAGCCGGCGGUGUUCGAGCAGUUCAAGGUUCCCGAUCCGAUGUCCGAAAUGAUGCCCGAGGGCAGCCCGUUCGAUGCGAUGAUGCGGAAGGUGAUCCAGGACGCGAUCGGAACGCUGGAGCCGACCGAUACGAAGGAGCACGAUAAGAUGCAGUACCUGCUGCAGAACUUCCGCAAGGAGCUGGAACGCUGCUCGAACGGUGCCCUGGCGGAACCGCACACGGUGCUCGGGCAUGGCGACUGUUGGGUCAACAACAUGAUGUACCACUACAAGAACGGCGUUCCGGAGAGGAUCAUUCUGCUCGACUGGCAGCUGACGCGCUACGUGACACCGGUGCUCGAUCUGGUGUACUUUAUCUUCUGCUGCACCGAAGGCGAGUUCCGCAGGCGACACUACGACGAGAUGAUGAGCAUCUACUACAACUCGCUGGAAGCGUUACUGGAGAAGCUGGGCCACGUCCCGCAGUCGGUCUUUCCGCGGACCGCGUUCAUGCGCCAGCUGCGCACCUUCGGGCGCUUCGGUGUCCUGAUGGCCGUGUUCCUCGUGCCCAUGCUGUGCACCCGCAACGAGGAUCUGGUCGAUAUGGACGAGGCUGCCGAAAAGUUUCGCGACACAAAGGAAAUGGACAUGAGCAUGUUCGCCAAGAACGACAACAACCGGAGCGCUUACACCAAGCGUAUGCGGGAGGUCAUAAAGGACAGCGUUCGGUACGGAUACCUGUAGCCGCGACCCCUCCGUUUCUCUGUGCUGCGUAGGGGAGGAUUAUGCGUAUCGCAUGUUUGUGUAACCCCGUUCAUUAGACGCGUACCGCAUCGUUUCCGGCCCGUGCCGUCGCCAUCUCCGUCGUUAUCUUCGCACAGCGCGCACCGGUGGUAAAAUGGACCAUUUUCGAUUCGUUUUACAGUUUUUGACAUAUAACAGAUAAGGCUCGAUAAGCGCGCUCUGCGAUCGUCCGUCCUGUCCGCGUGGACGAGAGUAUCUUGCUGAAGCCUGAAUGACGUGGGAAUGAACUGCGCAGCACUCAAUGCGAAGUACGGCGAAGGCGAAGAUAUUCCGCAAUUUUUUUUUAAUCAAAUAAACCCAUCACACCGAUCUGCAACAUAAGCUCCAAACAUCGAUGAUCUACAAGUU